ACUUUUCCUCCGCCCAUGAUUUCAUGCCCGCGCGACCUACACAACACUCAUUUACUGUGCCAUUGGAGUGUUACGGUCAUUGAUUCCCCUGUUGUCGCCCACACAUUCACAUCAUGCUCCAAUCGUUGCGACUAACACCUCGGCUGGGUCUGCGCCUGGUGCGCUGGAACUCCACCGGUGGCCCGACUCUGCCGCCGUUGAUAGCCACCCUCAGAACGGAUCUCAAGACCGCUAUGAGAGCUAAAGAUACUGCUAGGCUGAACGUUGUUCGCGCCUUGAUCUCUGAAACCAACAACGCCGCCAAAACUAACUCUCCGAUUGAGACCGACCUUCAACUCCUGUCUUUGAUUCGGAAACGUAUUGCUGCUUCCAAGGAGGCCGUCAAGGAAUUCGAAGCCGAGAACCGUCCCGACCUGAAGGAGUCUGAGGAAAAACAGGUGACGAUCCUUGAAGAAUACGGUGCGCAAGUGGAAACAAUGAGCUUGGAUGACAUCAAGGUGAUCGUGUCCGAGGAACUUGCCAAGUUGAAAGAGUCUGGCAAGAAGGCUGAGGUUGGGCCUUUGCUCAAGUCUCUGUUUGCUCCUGGAGGUGCCCUAGAUGGUAAACCUGCCGAGAGAGCCGAAGUCGCAAAGAUUGCCAAAGAAGCCGUUGCUUCUGCUUAGAAGGCUGACAUGCAGAGAUGUAUAAUAUCUAUUUGUACGAUUACAUAGACCAAACCGGUUACCCGGUUGCUCUUUCAAUGAAGUUGCUAACCAAGGGUCAGAGGCAAUUUAUUGAUCAGUUCGUGGGGGCUGAAUGCGAAGUCAUUUAUAACGAAACAAGCAAGCUACGUGGCAAAAUUAAAGAGAGACCAUGUAGCGCUCCAAGUGAAGAAGUUCCCAGCGCCAUGCCGUAUGCCAUUCCCAGUAGUGCAAUUCCUGGUUAUCCCAUCCCGAUUGCCUUCCCAUUAAUAUUCCGAACUCCAGAUCCGUUCAUAGACCAACCAUUCAUCGUGUCGCGCCGUGAUUGUUACCUGCAAAGUCUCAUAGCCUUCUAAGAACGGAGCAAGGUAAUACCGCCAAGUGCCGUCAUGAAGAUACCGAGCCAUAACCAGUUGUUAGGGUCGCCAACUUUCUCGCUGCUGACCAGGUUCUUUAUGUUGAAUCGAC